UUGUCUUCUUUUGACCUAGUGCUUGUAUCAGCGACCUUGGGUCCUUCAUAUGGUGUCGGGUAUCCUGUGUUCUGGGUGAUGGAUGAGAUAAACAGUUGUGUAUUCACAAGAUCAGUGGAUCGCAGCGAAGAUGACUCACCUCCUGUGUGUUUGGUAGAACUUAUAAAUUCUAAAACCAAAGUAAGCAAUAGAUAUCUCCUUCCUGAUAAUAAAGGUUACUGAUACUCAUGAAUCUAUCGAACUCUCCGGUGGCAAAUCAAAUGUAAGCUUGCAAGAAAACUCGGGUAAUGGCUGUAAAGUCGGUGGAAUUUGCCCAAUUAAAUCUAGUUCCUCAUCAAUUUCGUUUCACGACCUACAGUCUAAAUCUCCUUUACCAGUACGUUUUGGUACUUAUUAAAAUAAUACAAAAAUACAAGGGUGUAACAAAUCCUUUAACAUUGAUUUGUUAUACUGCACUAUGUAUUUGAACUUACAAGUACAUUAUACAUGCGUUAUUAAUUUCAUGUUUGCUUUCCCCAGGUCCCUUCAUAUUAUAAGACGUUCUAGCACACUGAUCCUAAUAAUUUGCUCUUUAGAGUUGACGAGCUUUUCACUUUUGUCGUAGCAAAUGCACAACCUUAUUGCCUCCAUAGUUAUUCUCAAAGGAUAAACAACCGGUAUGAAUUUUUUACUUUAUCUUUUAUCCGGGAUAAUACCUCUCAGUACAAUGGCCUUCAAAUUGUGACUGUUCAUAGUGCUUUCAAAGCGUUAUUCGUUUAUGUUGAAGCAGACUCGGGUAUCUGUUGAGGGUCCGAAAUUGGCUAAUGAAACUGAAACCUUAUCAACCGACGUGGUAGGGAUGUGUAUAACUUACCUAGUCGUACUGCUGAUUAUGCGAAUUCACCCUUUUUGAGUCAGAUUGUUAACGUCUUGUCCUUAUUGCUGCCUCUGCUACUAAUGCUACUUUGAUAGUCGUUCUCUGCUCAUAUGAAGAGUUGAAGACAAAUAAUGUACAAAGUACAAGUAAAUUCUGCAAACAAAUUUAAACUCAGUAAACAGAUUAGUUGGCUAGUCGACAUUUAUCAGGUGUCUCAAGUUGACACUUGUAACUGCUUUCAUUUCGUCCGCGUAAAACCUUUAAAUGUGUUCCUUUUUAAGUGUUAGUGAGUUUCGGUCGUAGCCAAUUAACUUUGUUUUAUGGAAGUAAGCAAACCGAUAAAUUCACAUGAUGGCAACCAGAUAAAUACGCUUAAUUUGUACGUGUAGAGAAAAUAGUUUGGUGGUCAUAAAAGUUAGUCACAGUUUGGUUUCAACAUUUAUCAUUCUAAUUGCUCUAGACAAUAAUGUUAUUAGUCGGCAAAUAGGAUCUUAACUAAGUUAUAGUGUGAGUGCUUGGCUAUUUGAUUAGACUAAAAUCCAUGAUACAUUGUGUAAGUCCUUUAUCAGAAACGUAUGUUCAUAUCAAAACUUACAUACGGUUGUUCAUCAUUCGUUUGUAGGGAAUCGCAUUUUUCAGAAACCUAUCUAGAGUUUCUAGGCACAUGUUUGUUUCAUAUAUAUAUAUUCGUCUCUCCGUUUGCUUCGUAAUUGAGUUAAUUUAAUUGGUGAAAUAAGCAAAACUUCCCAUUCCUCCAAAUAAAGAAUUUCAAAUGUAUUCUGAUUUCACUUUUUAGUUCUUCACUCUUUUACUAUUGAUUUUGCUAACUCCAUAUUCUUAUAUUUUAGGUCGUGACAUCUGCAGAUGACAAAAGUGAUGGUUUGUCAAACACUGUUUCGUCGGAAGAUCCUCUACCUAGAUCAAUUGAUCUUGAUAGCACUCACCUACCAACCAUGAAAGAAUCGAGCUCACUUACUUCUAACCAUCAUGCUAAUAGGGAUGAUAAUGAAUCUCCAACUGGGGAAAAUUAUUUACAAUCUAAAGCGAAAAUAUCUACAUGUGAUCUCGAGGCGGAAGAUGAAGAUGACGUGGACCUCGAAGAUCGACCAUUAACUGUCGAUACCCAGGAGUCUGAUGAGGCAUUACUCAAUGAGUCUUCAAAAAAGACAAUUCCCAGUACAAACAACUCCGUAUGCACUAUAUCUAAUUCAGUUGCUGAAGAUAAACAGGAUCCUACCUCAAGUGUUACAACUGCAAGUAAAACGUCAUUUGUAGUAAUCAACAGCACUCCAUCCGCCGUUGUAUGUUUAUCUUCAUCACUUUCGUCUUGCCAAUCUUCACUUUCGCUUCAAAACUGUCAAUCUACAAGUGUUCCUAACAAAAAUUGCUCUUCGGAUGGACAUCAUACCAGUGCUCCUGUUGCUUUAGCAACUGUGGCUCCUAUAAGAAUGUCAUCUGUGGGGCCUGACUAUAGCCUAUCAAACGAAAUUUUAAGACCUAUUAAGCCUGUUUCACAAGAUACCCAGACAAAUACGGUUAUGAGCAAUCAUGCCACUCCGCAGACUGUUACAUCAAUAUUUCCUAGCAAGCAUGAAGCUGUUUCUACAACAUCAACCGUGUCUUAUAACCCUAAAUCUAGUCAAAGUAGCACAAACGAAAGAUUUGGCUUUCCUGCUAUUAGUAUCACCAAACCUGCGUCUAUUGGCACGACUUCUGUCACAAUUUCUAUUGCUCCUACUAUUAGCUCUUCUGUGAUUACUACGCACAGCAUGCCAAGUAUAUUCAAUGUGAGGACACGUCCGACGGUCGCUCAGUCAGUACUUCCAGUGUUGUCUGUUGGUCCCCAACCAGCUCCACCUCUCAACACACAAACUUCUCUUUCAUCCUUACAGUCUCAAUCUACUGUACAAUUUAUGCCUCUUGUCGGUAAUAUGCCUGUCACAAUGCCAGUUCCUGCAACAUCUACCGGUUUAAGAAAUGUUAUAAAUCACAACCAGGCUAUACCAAUUGCUGGUGCACCAACUGCACCAUGUCCUCCGCUUCAAAUUUUCAACAUGACACCCAUGCCACAAUUUAUGGGUACUCCUAGUUAUGUGCUACAUCCUACUGGGCCAGUUGCCGGUGCAAACAGCUUCCAGUUUCCUCAAGGAUCAACACACUUGCUACCUGGAUUAUCAGGAAAUGCGGGGGUCGGUGGGACAACAUUCAAUUUUUUACAACCACAAAAUUAUCCGUCAACGAUUUUUCCUCAGCCUCCCACUAUACCUGAUCUACUCAUUGACCCACAAAAUCCUAUGGGUUUAGGACAUUCUGUUUUAACCCCACCUGCAUCGAUCGCUCUCAUAAGUGCCAUAAACAACCCUAGUUCAUCAUCCUUCACAUCAAUUUAUCCGACUCUUUUACAUCAACCUAACCAAAAUUUUUUCCCAACAUCAUCUACACACUCUGGUCCAGUGUCCUAUCCAUAUUCAACUGCCUUAGCGGCUGGUACACAUUUGGUAAAUGCAACUGCACCACAAAUGGCUACUUCUUUAGUUCCCGCUGCAGUUACAAAUUUGCCAAAUAUUCAUAACUCAAACGAAACAAAUUUCAUGUUUCAAUCUGGACCGCCACAUGGUACUUCUUUCAUUUCAAGUAAUUUCGCUCCAAAUCCAGGGCAAUUGUUCCCACCUUGUCAAUUCGCUACGUUUCCAAAUCUAUUUCAAACCAAUGAUAAUUGUUUAACGAAUACAUUUAUCUCAUCUAGUCUACCAACUGAUUUGACUUCUACUUGUGACACAAAAUCAUCUUUAAAUAUGAAUGGAAGUAAUCUUGGUGGUAAUGGUGGUACUUGUUUAUCAACUUAUUGGCCAUAUGUUAGUUCAAAUGAUCUAAUAAAUCCAACAUCUAUUGUUCAAGCAACAAAUUCAACUCAUCAAACAGAUUUUUUACAGUCUGUUAAUAAUAAUAAUAAUUUAAAUGAUCGAAGUAAAAUGAAUGAUGUCAAUACAGACAAUAGUGGUAUUUUAAAUAAUGUUGAAAAUAUUAAUAAUGGAACUUCUACUACCACUAUUACCAUAAAUCCAUUAACUCACGCAUCAAUUAAUUCUUCAAUUAACAGUACUUUAACUACAAAAAAUACUGCUACCACUACUAAUAUCACCUCUACGUUAGAUAAUAAUGGUAGUCAUAAUAAAAAUAAUAUAAUCCCACUUAAUUCCUCUACAGUUGUUCUACCAGCUAUACGUCGUCGACGUCGAUUAUUUGCACAAAAUGGUAUUAAACCAAUUACAAAUGUUAUUCAAAGUCCUUUUCUAAAUCAUACUAAUUCCAUGAAUGAUGAGAUUAAUAAUUCGACUGUGAUGAAUUCCACUGGUGAUGAUACAAAUAAUCCAACGGUAUCUGAUUCACUACUUUGUGCAAAUGUUAAUAAUAGUAAUGAUAAUGAUGAUAAUAUUAAUGAUAGCAGUGUUGAUAAUUAUACUGAUGGUAUUAAUAAUAGUAAUAGGGAUUCUCUAACAACAUGUGACAAUGAAUUAAAACAAUCGGACACUAUGCAGUCGCUCGAUAAAUUGACUCCCUCUACAAAAUCAUCAGCUUCCACAAUACCCACUUUCAGGAGCAACACUUUACCGCAAUCUGUUGAAGAUGUGCAGUUAUGUAAUCAAAUCUCUACUGAUGUUGAAUUUACUUCCAAAUUAUCGAAAGAAAUCCAACAAAAGGAUUCAGUAGAGUAUGAUGAUAUAACUAAGCUUCCUUCAUCAUCAUCAUCAUGUUCUACUUUUAUCAGCAGUUCCGUAAUGGUGACAACGAUAGUGACAACUCAACUAAUACCAACUAUGUCAACCAUCACCAUGACAUCAAAUACAACAAUCACUCCUUCACAAAUGAUUACUACUUCCUUUGCAACCAGCCCAGAUGCAACCAAAACUCAUGACCUUAAUCACAAUGCAGAUAGUUCAGUUUCUUCAACUUCUCUACCAUUUUCACCUUCAAAUGCUAAUAAUAAUAACAAUAAUAAUAAUAAUAAAUUGGUACACAAGAACUCAGAUCUUUUACCAGAUGAAAGUAAAAUGGUAUCAGUUGGAAAAUAUGAUGAUAAAGAAGCAGCAAAAAAUAUCGUCAAUAAUCAAAUGAAAUCACCGGUCAGUAGCACUUUACUAGUAAACAAUGAUAGUAAUAAUAAUAGUGAUCAAAAAGAUUCAAUUAAUGAAAAUUAUUCAAAAUUAUUAAGCACAGUUUGUGUUAGCGGUAGUGGUAGUAGUAAUAGUAUUGACGCCAGUAGUACAACGUAUUCUAAAUUGAAAUCAACGAUAACACCUUUUGAAUUUCCUCCUCCACCUGUACUUAUUGGUCCUGAUGAUCGACGUAUAUUAACUCAUUACAUUGAUGGACAUAUUAUUUAUGAAAGUGAUAAACCAUUUCCAGUGAAAAAUGGUAUGAUAGUAGUUGAAACAGCUCUCAUGAAACAACAACAGUCUUGUCUAGUCAGUUCUACCAAUUCACCACUUAAGACUUUCCUCAUUAAUGGUUAUGAAGACGGAAUAAUGAGCACUAUUAAAUCACCUACAGCUCCAUCUUUCUCAUCAUUAAAAACAACAGCUGUAAAACCAGUUGAUAACCAUGAAUCCGAGGCGUUAAUCGCUCCUCCAUCUAGAUUACCUAUUCAAGAUGUUGGUGGCUGUGGUAGUGGUUGGAUAAACCCACUGAAAGCGUCAAAUUCAUCAUCACUAUCUAUUGUAGACAAGCAUACAAAUCAUCCAGGGUCAAUUGCUACGUCUAAUUCCCCCGCUUUGUUGUUACAUUAUGAAACUCGACGUCGUAAACCAUCCAAUGAACAACAACUGUACAACGAUAUUCAUGAUGAAAAUGAUUCAUCACCAUCAACAUCCAAUCAUUAUCAUCAACCAACACAAGGAAUUUUAGCAUCAUAUCCCCAUUCUACUAUAUUGUCUUUAGCUAAUCGUAAUUCGGCUAGUGUUGUUUACACUCAAUCACCUAUUGUAUCAAUUCCUAGUCGAAAUGAUAGACAAUCAUCUUCUGAUAUGAAAGGAGGAAAUGAAUUGACUGUUAUGGAUGGUAAAUCAGUUGAAAGUUAUUCACAUCAUUCACAAUAUCAGCACACUGAAUCUUCAACAUCGCUUAGUAAACCAUUAAAUGAAAUCCAGUCCAGUUCUGGAAUUAUGAUGGGAUUAACUUCUACUGCAUUCAAUCAAUCUACAUGUCAACAACGAACAUCAAGUAUUGCUCAAGCAAUGUAUGGUAUAUCUCAAACAAUUACACCAUCAUCUGGUUUAUUAACACCUAAUCCACCACCAAAAGGACCAAUAUAUAAAUGGACUCCUGAUGAUGUUGUUGCAUUUGUUCGUGGUACACCUGGUUGUGGAGCAUAUGCAUCAGCAUUUUUAAAUAAUGAAAUAGACGGUGAAGCAUUAUUAUUAUUAGCUGAAGAUCAAUUUAUUCAACCACCAAUUGGUAUGAAAAUAGGACCAGCUUUGAAAUUAGUUGCACGAUUAGAAUCUUUAAAGAAUUGUUGUUAAUGAUAACAUUAUUUAAUAGAAUAAUAAUAAUAAUAAUAAUAA